UGGCAUUGACAAACACAUAAAAAAUUCUUGUGUCACAAUGUCAAUGCCAACAACAACAAAAGAUCUAUUAAAAUAGUGUCCAAAAAAGGACAAUGUAUCGGAAAAAUGCGCACUCUCAAAGUAGCGUGUUGGAGGACAUGGUCAGGGUAAGAAAAAUUCGUUUCAAAGAGGACCGAAAGCAACCUUAUAUUGCGAAACCGUCAUGGGAUGCCAUACAGCGCCAGAAAAACUUCACGGAGUUCAAGAGAGUAUAUUGCGAUGUGUCUGGCGACUCUAAAUCUACCGAGGAAGUUAAGUUGAUGCCUCCAAACGAAUAUAAGUAUCCCAGUUUUAGGAAAAAUCCAAAAUAUAUCGAAACAAUAACGCUCGAAUUACCAUACAAUUAUGGGGCAGAGAGAGCAAUUGUCCAUUUUAAAACCACAAUAAAGCCGAAAAAAAUGAUGCCCAAAGUGAGCAGAGAAGUUUUCACGGAAAUAUCAACGUCCAAAUCAAAAACGGAGAAUGCCCAGACAGAAACCCUAUCCAAAAAAUCGUCGACAAUUUUAAAGCCUCCCAAAGCCAAAAAAGAGAAAACUCCGAGGUUUCUGGCUAGGAACUACACGAGCAAGCCGAAAAAGAAACAAGGCAAAGAUAAGAUCAUGACGACAUUGGCUAUGCUGAAUGACAAAUUGAGGAAAAUGCAAGAAAAAUACCUGAUUGGGGACAGGAAUAAUUACAAAAGCGUUAAUGAUUGUUUUACUCAGAUAGGAAAUGUGGAAAUUUUGUACGAAAAUAAUUUGUAUCCUGAAAUUGAAGAACAAAAGAAAGGAACUCGGGAAAUGUAUGAAGAUGGUUUAAGAAAGGUUUCGAAAUAUUCAUCAAUUGAGCUGAAAGUGAACGAAAUCAUGAACGAAGUGGAUGAGCCUAUUCCCCAGUUUCCUAAAAUAGAAGAAACACUAAAAGAAAUUGAAACAAAUCUAGAUGAAAUAGCAAAUUUGAAUACAAACAACAACGAUAACAGUAAAUCAAAAGAAACCAGUGAACAUGUUGAAGAGGACGUUUGCUACGAAGGGCAAUUUAAGUACCUUCUAGAAAGUAUCGAUAAAAGAAAUUCUGACAAAGACGACGAAAAGAACUUGAAUAACAAAGAACUUUGGCAAAAUAUUGAACAGAGCAAGAGCCUAAAGUUUCGUUCGCUGCGCAGGCAAAUCGAAGCCGUGGAAAACGUUUGCGGGAAACUUUCUGAGAUCGUGCACGAGAAGGGUGAUAAAAAUAUUAAAGCAAAUUACGAAGAAGAGGAAGAAGAUAACAAGAGUACCGCGAGCGAAAGAGAAGAAAGAGAAAUAUAUUUGAAGAAGUCGAUGGAAAGUACCCAAAGAGUGAAAUCUAACCCUCUUCCACAACACGCCAUCAUUCCCACAUACAUGGAAGGUCCCAAUUUACAACUGGGCGUAAAGAAGUCCAGUUUCCUUUCCAAGGAGCUCGAUAAGCUAGCGGGAAAACCGAUGGUGAAAGUGUUUUCCGACCACCAGAGACGACUGAUUCUACUGGAUAAACAGCGAAGCAUGGCGAUGAAGGAGAAGAAGGAAUUCACCCCGCAGGAGAGCAUCACCAAGCUAAUCGAUAGUUUGAAGCAAACGUUCGAUAACUCCUUCUAUGAGCCCGUCUGUAACCAGUGAUGUUUUUUUAUAUAUUUACCUUUUUUUGUAUAUUUUCUAAUAAAUAUUUGGUGUCCGAAUUCGUA